CAGUCUACCUUAGAUGCCCACAGUGAGUGCAUCCUAAGCGCCCUCUCUCUUGGACUGUCCAUCCCACCACCACCACCACCACCACCACGUACCCUGCCCGAGGCCUCUCAGUCACCCAGCUCACACACAGUGGAGACGAUCACACCACAGUAACAAACCCGUGACUUCCUUGCCUCGUCGCUAUGAAACCUGACGAGGAGAAUGUGGGUGUGGACGAGGCCAGCAGGAAAUUAACACAACCUCAGGGGUGCGGCGCCGAGUCCAGGAGAGCGGCGCGACAUGCAGUGGAUGAAAGCGAGGCCAUGGACGGGGCUCUAGAGGACCUCCAUACAGAAUUGCUUGACAGGGGAGAAGCGAUUUCUGUUAUUAGCCCAAGUCGCUCAGUGGAUAGAAGGGACAGACGACUCAGAGCACGCAACCAGCUAGUGGAGGAUGGCACGAGGGACGGGAGAGGGUUCACGCAAAAGCAGAGGCAGAAAGAGCAGCGGCGCCAUGAAGGGGACGCUGAGGGGGAGACAACUGGACACACUGCUGAGGAGGGCGGACGAUCGUGGAGUGUACAAGAGGUUCCUUAUCCUGUGCUGGCUGGUUCCCGUGUGCCUGGUGGUGCCGUGUGCUUACCUCAACAUCCUCCUUAUGGUGCAGGUGCCGUUUUCUAAUUGCACUUUGCCUCCACCCCCGCGCCAUCUCUCUCUCAGGGGACUGGAGGCUUCUGGUUACUCCUAAGACACUCAGCGGGGAACUCAAUCCCUGCACACUUUACGACUUCCCCUCGGCCCUUGGUGACCCCCAGUACGACCCCGGUACGGACAAGCAAUACAGUACCAGGGCUUAUAACACCACCCACGACAACCAGCAACACCCUAGUACUCCCCAGCCACUCCCCACCAGCACCCCGAUGGAGGAUACUGGGAGCUUUAAGACUCCUCCCGGUGCUAAGAUUUACACAGGUACCUCCACACAGGGGGAUACUGGUGAUGUUCAAGGAGUUACCAGUUUCCCAGAAGACUCCUAUACCCUUGAGGCGAAUGCCGGUACCACAGAAGAUCAAAAUAUGUCAAAGGGACCUGAUAUCACAAAGGACAGUGCAAAGGAACAUUCCGGUACUCAGAAUAGACAAAUCAGCACUUCAGGCCAGCAAGGAGGGACACAAGACCAGCACUCCAUUACUCAGAAAGGACGUCUCAGCACACAAGAUCAACACAGCAACACCACAGAUGACUCUAGCACAUCAGACCAGCAAGACAGCACCAAAAAACAGCACUCCAGCACUCAGAAAAAACGCUUCAGCACUCCAAACCAUCAAAUCAGCACUAGAGGACACCACACCACUCAGGAAAGAAACCCCAGCAACAUCAGGCAACACCACAACGCCACAGAACAGUCGGCCACACACCAAUUCACAAAUCCCUCCACCCAGACACUCCCAAGCAGUAAGAGUGAUCCACCGCAGCCUGACCUCCUUAAGUCACGUGUUGCCCGCUACUUUGACCCCUUCAAUGACCUGUACGUCCCCGGGAGAGGGAAGGAGGGCGGUGAGAGGCAGGCCAAGCAAAGCAACCCCAUGGAGGAGUACCUGAAGGCAGCGGUGAAGUGGCAGAGGGAGUACCCAGGAGUGGCGCCACCUGUUGCUCACACGAUGGGCUGUGUGUUCGGCCACGACUUUGACACAACCUAUGUGCAAAGUUCUCUGGCCAUGGAGUUGGGGUGGGCGUGUGAGGCUGCUAGGGACACUACCCUCAUGCUGCACGUCUGUGUGGCGGGGGGGCCAUCGGUUCCCUUCUCUUCGGCGCCCUUGCUGAUAGGGUGGGGCGCAAGUGGGUGUUCAUGCUGCUGGCGGUGAAGGCGGCGGUUGUGGGCUCCCUCUUCGUGCUGGUAAGAGGCUCCCUAGCGCUCCUCAUUCUGCGGUUCUUCGUCAGCAUGGGUCUACCUGCGAUUUACAAUGUCGUGGUUAUUACAGCCCUGGAACAAGUGAGGGACGAGGAGCGGGGAAUGAUCACGUCCAUUGCCUCCGUGUGUUUUUCCCUGGGCCAGUGUGUGCUCAGCCUCCUCGCUUGGCUUACUGAUUCUUGGAUCAUCCUUGGACUCGUCACCAGCCUGCCCUGCCUCCUCGCCGUCGCCUACAGCAGGCUGCUGGAGGAGUCGCUGCAGUGGCUGGUGGCUCGGGGCAGGGAGAAGGAGGCGGCCCUGGUGCUGCGGAGGGUCACCAUGAGGAACCACCCGAGGAACCCGCUAGCGCCCUCCCUCCUCCUGCUGCAGGCGCGGAUCAAGAAGAUCAAGGCUGGAGAGCGGGAGGAGUUUGACCAGGCUGGGAUGUGUCAAGGUGUCUGCAGUCUUAUAAUGGGUCUUGGGGAGUUCUUGGCCUGCUAUCCUCGCCUUUGCUUCAGAAUGGUGCUGCUUACGAUAUGUUGGACGGCCAAUCUUGUCAUCUACUUCACCACUACCUUGAAAUCUCCCUACGUGUCUGACAAUCCUUAUUUAGCGUGGUUCUUCUUGUCCGUCACUGAAGUUCCCUCUAAUCUGCUGCUACCUGUGUUCCUGCGCUACCUCGGCCGCCGCUCCCUGCACUCCGCGGGCCUGGCAGUGUGCACCUCGUUCUUCUUCGCUGCCGCUGGUCUCCUUGUCGCUGGAUACGAGGAGAGCUUCAUAGGGAUAUCCGUGCUGGUGGUGGUGGCCAGGAUCUUCAUCUCCGUGACCUACCUGGUGGUGUCCCUGCAGGCGGCGGAGCUCCAGCCCACGCCCUUCAGGAGCUCCCUUACCGGCCUGGCCUGCGUCGUGGCCUUCACUGCGAGCGUCUUCAGUCCCUCCAUCCAGACUGUGGAACCCUUGCACGCCUACCUCCUGCUGGGGCUUCUGGGACUCAGUGGCACACUCUCCGCCGCCCUCCUCCCUGAGACAGCGGGCCGCCCCUUGCCUCAGACCCUGCAGGAGGCGGAGGGGCUCACCUGGGGAAGACGCAAGCCCUCUUCUGCUGGCGGCGAGGUGGAGGAGGUACGGGAGGUGCUCAAUACUUCUCCUCCUCCUCCUCCUCCUCCACCUCCUCCACCUCCACCUCCUCCUUCUCUUCUUCUUCGUGGUGUCUCCUCUCUUGACACUGUGGCGGAGGAGUCUGUGUUGUGAUGGUGAUGUGAUGGUGUUGUGGCUGUGAUGCUGCAGUGACUGUUCAGUGAGUGAUGUAGUUAACGAUGAAGUAGAUGAUAACUGUGUUUCCCCCCAAAAAAAAGAGAAAAUGCAUAGUGAUGAUGAUGAUGAUAAUGAUGGUGAUGGUAACAAUAAUAAUAAUAAUGAUAAUAAUAAAAAUAAUAAUGAUAAUAAUGAUAAUAAUAAUAAUAAUAAUAAUAAUAAUAAUAAUAAUAAUAAUAAUAAAAGUAAGGGAAUUCCGUCAACGAAAAGCAAGAGAGAGAGAGAGAGAGAGAGAGAGAGAGAGAGAGAGAGAGAGAGAGAGAGAGAGAGAGAGAGAGAGAGAGAGAGAGAGAGAGAGAGAGAUUCCAAUUAAAAA